AAAAAAGUUGGAAACCCAUUCUCUUAUCCUUCUCCUCUCCGAGCAGAUCUGAGACCCUCUUCUCACCGCCGACAUCCAUUCUUGCUGUCACCGGAAAUGCAGUUACCGACUCCAACUCCAAAGGCAGCGAAUCUCUUCCUUUGAUCUCGCAUCGUCUCUCUACUCUUUGACCAUCCCGUACAAAAAAUCGGAGCGUUUUUUUUAUUAUGAUCGGAGCCCUAUGCCUACGGCGACGAGGUUCUUACCUCGAGCAGCUACUCCCGUCCUAGCCCCGAUCUGGUCCCGCUUACGGAUUUCAGGCCGGCGGGGGCAUGCCUGCCGGUGAUUCUGAGUACGGAUCCAGAUAUGGUGGGAGGACUGAGAUCGGUGGCGGAGGCGGAUAUGGCAGGAGGAUUGAGAUCGAGUACGGAUUUGGCAGCCCCAACAGCUCCGCCGCCUCUUCCCCCUUUGUAACCACUCCUGCCACCGUUUCCCCAAGUUAAUUCAACGUUCAGAAUAUGGAGAGGCCGCGGCAACGGCGGCCGUCGAAGAUGUCGAUGUGGAGAAGCUCGGAAUUGCUCUCUCUCAUAGCUCUGUGCUCGUAUCCGUCUUCUGCAAACCGCGGGAUGUUGGGAUUCGGGAUCAAGAAGAGGAAGAAAAAGGAGGAGAUGGUCUGAUGGGUUUGGGAGAUGUAUUCCUGAAAUGGUGAAACUAUUGGAAGGCUGUUCUGCUACCCUGUCCCUUAACCUUGACAAAAGGCCGCUUCGGCAGGUUUGAUGUAUUUUGGAGGCAUGGUGCACAAGCUUCCGGAUUCCAUGCUUUUGUUGGCUUCGUGUUACUGCUUUUAUCUUCACAGUAAUAGCUUUGUUGUAUACAUUUGGUAUCUAGCAGAUCAACUCAUUUCAACAGCUAGUGAGAAUAAAUUCGUGGUACAUUGUUCCCCUUACUGCAACUUGGUUCUUGUGUGUUCUAAUUUGAAACUUACAUCAUCUCACUCUGCAUUUUGCCCCUUGUUACUUGGACUUACAGACCGAAGAGUUGGAGCUUUCGGAAGACAAACAAGAGCUCGCUCUGAAGGACACACUUUGGUGAGGAUGGUGAGAAUGAGGGUUUUUCAUGGUUGCUGCCUUUGUGGGUGUCCACUUUUCUGCUUGAACCCACUUUGUGAAAAGUAGAACCAAUCGAUCUCAGGUAGAAAAGUAAAGGCAAAAGUUCAUUUCUUUUGAUG